AUGGCUGAUGGUAAGACCGGAGCCUUGUUCGAAAUGAUUAUUCGGAUGAUGCAGUUCUUUUCAACUGCAAACUGGCCGAUCGAAGAAUUAUUCCAGCUUAGCACUUCUCUCGGUCGAUGGUAUCAAGUACGAGAUGAUUAUCAGAGCCUGCAGGAUGAACAUUAUAUAUCACAAAAGGGAUUCUGUGAAGAUCUGGAUGAGGGGAAGCUAUCAUAUCCACUCAUCGUUUGCUGUCAUCGUGAUUCAACGGCCGAGAAGAUUAUCAUGGGGAUUUUCCGACAAGCUGGUGGAAGACCGCUGGCUGUCAACGUCAAAGAACAGAUUCUUGAUUUGUAUCGACGUACUGGUGCGCUUGAAGAGACAUGGGAGACCAUUGAAACCCUGAAGAGAAGUACCGAGACAGCUCUUUCAAGAUUUGAAAGCAUCACCGGGGAGAAAAAUGUAGAUUUACGUGCAUUUGUCAACGCUUUUGGCCCAUGCAUCACGACCCCAGGAGUUAAAGCAAAUGGACCUCAACUGAUGUCAAUGAGAUCGUGA